AUGGGUAAGUACCUGAUUGUCGCUCUGACCAUCUUAGCGACUUUCGCUAACGCCGAAGAAGAACAAAAGCUGAAUUGGAAGGUCUGAUGACCCAUCCAAACCCUAAUUAAGCGCGGAUAAUUAGGAGGACGAUGGUCUCGAAAUCAAGAUCAUCAAGCCGAUCAAGGCUGAGAAGUGUAAGGUCAAGUCGCAAGCCGGCGACGUCGUCGACCAGUUCUACAAGCUCUCCGACAAGGACGGCAAAGAGAUCGGCAGCAACUUCGGCAAGAAACCGUUCGUAUCCUUUCAAUCCAACAUAGAGAAAGAUAAUCGAUUUCAGAUACACGUUCACCUUGGGCAAAGGGCAAGUGAUCGAAGGAAUGGACCGCGCCAUGACCGGAAUGUGCAUCGGCGAGAAGCGCAAAGUGGUCAUUCCUGGAAAACUCGGAUUCGGAGACAAGGGCCGCGAGCGCGACGCCAUCGGCGAGGACCAGACUCUCUAUUACACCGUCCAACUUGUCGACAUCUUCCGCGCCGUUCCUGGGGAUAAGUGGACCACGGACGAAGGCAUCGUCAUAGAAGUGAGAGAUUCCUUCUUGGUUAGGUUGUUAGGAAUAGAGAAACCAGUUAUCGUAAAUCUGAGCGGUAGGUGAGUCAUAGAAACAACUCUCGGCACUCAGGAGCACCAGAGUGGUCCCUAUAGGGGUCCUUGAAGGGUUUUUCAAACCCCUGUCGGGGUCACUAAAACUUGCAGAAGUGGUCCCUAUGGGGGUUUUAAUUAGUGGCCCCUAUAGGGGGAAUGGUAGUCGAUAAUUUUCAUGACCUCUAUGCGAAGAACCUUUUCCCUGCGAAAAACUGAAUAACGAAGCGUUUUUUGAAAAAAAUCGAAAGACCCCUAUGGGGACAACUUGAGCUUUUGUGGCUAAGGCGUCAGACCCUAAACCCCUAUAGUGACCACCUUGAUUUCACCCCUGUAGGGACCACUUUUUCGGCCACAAAUAUGGCUUUUUUCUUUAAAAACCUGUAGGAACCACUCUAAUUUGAAAGUCUAUUACAAGUUCUGAACUUCCUAGACUUGUAGAAUUUCUCAAAUUUCCCCAAAAAUCACUUCUUUUUCGGAAAAUAUAGAAGAGCCAAGAACUGCAGCAAAGUCUCAAUACCUAAACAUAACCCGCUUAAAACUUGGAAAAUAUUGUCGAAAAGGGUAUCCUGAAAGUUGAAGUGACUUUCUAGAUAUUUUGUUUAGACUACAUUGAGAAAAAUUUAGUUGGAUUUACACGAAUUAUUUCCAAUUCAUAUGAAAAAUACUGACUUCUUGCAGGUGACGCACAAGAUCGACGAGAAGGACUGCAAGAAAUCGAAGACAGGCGACACCCUGCACCAGCAGUACGUGCUGCAUCUCGAGGACGGCACCUUCGUCGACUCUUCCUUCUCCCGCAACGCGCCCUUCAUCUUCCGUCUCAACAAGGGGGUCCGCAACAACCCGAAAACUCUCCGCAACGUUUCAAUUUGCAGGAGGUGAUCAAGGGAAUGGACAUCGCCAUGACCGACAUGUGUGAGGGAGAACGCCGCAAGGUCAUCAUCCCUUCGGAAUUCGGCAAGUUCCCGCGACACGACAAUUCUGAGUCUCAGCUUUUCAGGCUACGGUGACGACGGCCGUCCGCCACAGAUCCCCGGAAAGUCGCGCCUCUACUUCGACAUCACCCUGGAGAAGCUCGUCAAGAAAGACGAACUCUAA